CGCGCUCGCUCGCUCUCAAACGAGUCAGUGUGUCAGUGUGAGCAGAGUACAGCGCGAGCGGCUGGACGGGUCUCAGCAGAAGGGUUUCUCUCUUUCUCUCUUUUUUUUGGUUGUGUUCUUCAGAAAAGGAGAGGAACAAGCAGCAGAAGCAGCCAAGCUGGAGGAUGUACUAGUUGCGCUUGCUUACUGCUUGAAUUAAUGACAUUAAUGGGAUUAUUAUUAUUAUUUUUUAAAUGAUCUGAUCCAUAUCUUUUCAUUUCAAGCAUCCAUCUCCAGGACAACAAGCGCAGGAGUGGGAUUUGUCUUUUUCUCUUUUUUUUGGAUGCAUUCAUGCAUCGUUUGAUAGUAGCUGUAUUUCCUUCUGUUUACACCUCAAGAACAAGAUCAAUCAGCAAGCACGCGGAAGAUCCACCGACGUUCUAGAACGCUGGAUUGAACUAUCCUCGCACUUCUUCACGCACUUUUGUUUGUCUCAUUGAUCUGGAUUGUGGCACGCUCAGUUUUGUUCCAAAGCUCCAAAGAGAGGAGAAAAAAGGAGGAAAAGAAAAAGAAAGGAGAGAAAGAAAAAAGCUCCCGUGAAUUAAGGAGCACUGCGGAGUUACAAGUUGAGUCACGGAGGAGAUUGAGCAUCAAGAGAGAGUGUAGAGAAAAAGACCAACAAAAAACAAAUAUAAGAAGGGGAGAAAAGAAAAAAGAGCAGCAGUGUGGAACUGUGAGGAUGGGACUUGGCCAGCUCGAGAAACACGCUCCGUCUUAAACAGUCGCCCAUCUGUCCUCAGGGUCUCUCAGCUCGAGCCUUGCUGCUUUCUCACAUUCUCUCAUCUCUGGGGAGAAAAACUUAACUAGGGAGGGAAAAAAAGGAGGAAAACCUUAAUCAGAGAAGGAUUGGAGUGAAGAUAAACAGUGGAGAUGAGAAGAUCAUCAUCAAAACAAUAAGAUCUGAAUUGAAUUGAGACUUUAUUAUACUCUUUUAACACAAAAAAACAAAAAAGCACAUCCAAGCAGGAUUUCUUUCUAUUGUUGGGAGUUUUUUUCUCUUGAGCUAUAAACCCUUAAACAUUGCAUAAACACUAGCUUUAUACUAGUGUUUUGUGUUCAGGCUGUUUCUGGAGGUUGUUGCUUCUUCUCACAAGUGAAGAAAGUGAAAGCCUUGUGCGGCCAGCGCAGCGCAGUGCUGUGUAUGUUCAGUGUGUGUUGGUUAAACUGUGGUGUGAUCUCCUUCCUCCAUGCGGGCUCCCCACGCUCGCCGUCCAUCUAACGUUACUACUACUACACACUGACUUGCGGCGCCUCAGCGAUACCAGCCUGGCUAUGAUGGGUUCAAGCAUGGACAUGGCGAGAUGGAGCUGGGGGGUUCUCCUCAUGUUCCUGCUGGAUUUAGUUGGAGUGGCAGCGACCAACAUGGAGCCCAUCUACUGGAAUUCUCUCAACAAAAGGUUUAAUGAUGAUAGGGGCUACGUCCUGUACCCCCAGAUCGGGGAUCGUCUGGAUCUCAUCUGUCCAGCGUCAGACCCGCCUGGACCCAGAGCUCCAGAGGACUAUGAGUACUACAAGCUGUACCUGGUGUCGUCACGGGAACAGGCAGACAGGUGUGAGGUUACCGGCGCCCCCAACCUGCUUCUGACCUGCGAUAAACCCAACAGUGACAUGCGCUUCACCAUCAAGUUCCAGGAGUACUCGCCCAACCUUUGGGGGCACGAGUUCAAAACCAUGCAGGACUACUACAUUAUCGCUACAUCAGAUGGCACGCGCCAGGGUCUGGAGAGCAUGAGAGGAGGAGUCUGCGCCACACAGGGCAUGAAGGUGGUGCUGAAAGUGGGACAAAGUCCUUAUGGACUUCCCCCCAAGCCUGGCAAACCUGAUCCGGCAUCCCGCACCAACAGAAAUCCAGGAUCCUUUGGAAACAAUACAUUUCCCAGGACUCCCGGCACAGGUGGGCCGGGCGGAGAGAACGGCCCCCUCCCGGCCUCCAACAUCGCAGUGAUUGCAGGAGCGGCCGGAGGCUCCGCCUUCCUCUUGCUGGUCACCGCCGUCAUCUGCGUGGUGUGUUACCGGCGGCGACACUCCAAGCACUCCGAGUCCCACCACCCCCCACUCUCUCUCUCCUCUCUCACCUCGCCCAAGAGGGGCGGCGGCGGUGGCGGCGGCGGCAACAACAACGGCUCGGAGCCCAGCGACAUCAUCAUCCCGCUGCGGACUUCCGACUCGGCCUACUGCCCGCACUACGAGAAGGUGAGCGGAGACUACGGACAUCCGGUCUACAUCGUCCAGGAGAUGCCCCCUCAGAGCCCCGCCAACAUCUACUACAAAGUAUGAGGACAUGGACGUCCUGACUGCCAGCCUACAGAAAAACAAACACCCUGUACCGUGCCAGUCUCGCCUACUACCUAAACCGUAACAAUAUGAACCUACGUUUCUUUCCUUCUCUGCAGCCAGUCCAGCUGUGACUGAGACGCUCUCAAGCCUUUUGACUGGACCCCACAACUCACACACAAACACACACACGCACACACACACUCAUACAAAUAUAUACACACACUCACAUUCAUAUAUAUGCGCAUAGACAUGCACCCUUAAAUCACGGACAUUUGUGACAAAUGAGGCGUGCGUAUUGAAAGGACAUGAUGUGAAAGCUUCUGCCAUCAGAGCGCAGAAAAUGCUUUCUUAGCGUUGAUCUCUGAGCGGAAAAAAUGUUCCGCGAGCGAUGAAUCGGAAAGCAGCUCUACCGCUCGAGGAGUCUCGGAGAAAUAUGCCACAACAUGAACUUCGGAACAAAACAAAAAAAGCAAACGUAAACUAAAAGAUGACUGAAGGUAAACUCCGUUCGUCCCGCCCACGUAAACCUAGCGCCAACGCUACGAUAACUCAAAGCUAGCAGUUUAUAGUUUGUUCAUUUGUGUUUGUUGUUCCUCUGAUGAAGGGGCGGGCCUCGGGCUGAGCCAAUCCGAGCGCAGCUCUGGCCUGGCGUGACCCCAGGCCUUGCGUUUGAUUGGAGGAGUCGUAGUGGCAUUGGAAAUCCUGUAUAUUUUAAUAACGUGCGUACUUUCGUGAGUGUGUAGGUUAAUAAUUAUGACACUGCUGAUGCACAGGAGUGUGUGCGCAGGCGGUGUGCUUCAGUCGCAGUGCACGAGCGUGUUUCUGUGAGUGUGUGCGUGAAUGUGUGUGUGUGUGUGGGGGUAAGUGAGUGAGAGAGUGGACAUGCAUUGUACUUGAGGGAAUGAAUGUGAGUGUGGCUGUUUGUUUGUUAGACUGUUUCAAAACCAAAACACGAAACGUGAGCGAAUAUCAAAAAAAAAAAAAACAACAAACUGAUUUUUUUAUCUCUUUCAUCACUUAUAGAUUAUAAUUAUAUAUGAAUAUUCAAUAAUUCCUAGAUGUCUUAUUUUUCGUUUCAUUUUCUCUAAAUGUAAAAUGACAGUUAUGUCGCUAGGCUCUUCUUUUUAUUCCCUUUUUUUAUUUCUUUUUCUUUUUUGUUUGCCUCGGCUUUAUGAAGUGCUGACCCUGUGUUUCUCUGUCUUUUGUAUUAUAAUUUAAUUUAAUACUUUUUUAUCAUUGUUAUUUCUUUUUGUCAAACCGAGGUUGUUGUUUUUUCUUCUAGCUCUUUCUCUCACUCUUUUUUUUCUCCCUUACUCAUCCUCCAUUUCCCAGGAGUCUCCACUCUCCAUGUAUAUUUUUAUAGCUCCUUGUACUAUGAUGUAGUUUUGAAGUUAGGCCUCGUUUGUGAAAGUGUUGAGGUAGAGGAACAAUCCCAGAAAGUUUCUUUUUUUUUAUUAUUAUUUUUUAAAAAAACGUGCGAAGACACUUUCGUUUUUUUUACAGGAAAAGAAAAAAGAGGAAAGGAAGGGGGGAAAAAGGAAGGGGGUGUUGGUGACAGGGGGGAGGGGGGGUAAAAGCAAAGAAUGCUAGAGGAGCUGUCUGUGAGGGAACGAGAGAAGGAUGAGAACCUUCUGGAAACAGGACUGAAAAACAGAAGGUAUAGCGCGGUAAAGAUAAAAAGUGGGGGGCGGUGAAGGAUCCUCGAAGGAUGGCAAGAGGAUGGAGGAGGAUGAAGAGAUGGGGAAAGACAUAUACACACACACAUACAGAGACAGAGAGAGAAAGGAAAGAGAGAGAGAGAGAGAGAGAGAGAGAUGGAGCAACGGAGGAGGGUUUUUAAUAGACUCUUGAAAGAGGCUGUGUGGAACUGUGCUGGGGAAAGCACGGACACGGAGGUAUUCUCAGCUACACACACACUCUCUCUCUCUCACACACACACGCACAGAGAGAGAGAGAGAACGCUGCUGAGGAAAAAGAAAGGGAUUCAAUCUCUCUCAGACGGAUGGAUGGAGAGAAAUAGUCUUUCAUACAUCCGCUCACGCUUUCUCUUUUUUCUGUUCUCGAGAAGUGAGGCGGAAAUAUUUGAGAGUCAUUUUGAAUUCUUUCAGUGUCUCACAACACGCCUUAGUAUAAUACAACACACACACACACACACACACACACACACACACGGUACCUACAGAUUCACAUUCUACAGCCUCAGAAAAUGAGAAUGCACUUGAAUAGACACACACACACACACACACAUGUCUUUAUAUAUCUGCAACUACCAGCCAGUAUAGGCAAAUGCAAGCACACACACACACACAUACACACACACACAGAAUGCACAAUCACAAUCCAUUCUGCCAUUCUGCUUGGGCACAUGGAUGCUGAUUACUUCAACAAAUGAAUUCUGAUUGGAGUCUCACACACUCACACACACACACUUUCACUCACCCAUAUACACACACAUCAACACACACGUUCUGAUUGCACUCAUGCAGUUCUGGGACUAGAGAACACACACCGAGCCGUGUGUCUCCUUGAUUGUGCCGACAUGAGUCUUAUUAUUUUUUUAUUUUUCAUUUCAAAAAUGUGCUCUUUUACAUUGCUGUGUGUGCGUGUGUGUGUGUAAGUGCUGGUGGCAGAAGGUGUGUGUAACCAUAAGCUAUGCUACUACUUUACUUGUGCUACAGCUAAUCAGUGUGUGUGUGUGUGUGGUGUUGCUUGAGCUGGAGUGAGACUGAAGGCCUCACACGAAACACACGCAUUAAUACACACUGUAAAAACGAUUGGUGCCUUAAAAUUUAGAUUUUAUUCCACUUCGAUUUAACGGGUUAACAGAAUGUAAGACACAAAUUAUUGUUCUGUUAACUGUCAGAAGUCCGAUGAAUUCACAAUUGUAAGGCAGCCAGCCUUUAACCCAUUACUGUCCACAUCGUAAAUGUAAUUUUUUUUUUUCUGCUUGUUUGAUUUUUGGUCCAUAUUCUAUUCAGGCUUCUGAGAAAUGAGAUGUAAAGCUGUUUAUCUUAGCAGUAAGUGUUUGUUUGUUUGUCCGGAAAACUCUCUAACAUUAGAAUAAAUGCAAAUGAAUAAAAGAAACAGUACAUUUGUGAGUUGAUGUGUCUGGCAGGGUUCCCACAUGUGCUGAAAAAAUCUGGAAAACCUGGAAAUGCAGAGGCUGUUUUCUCUGCAUUGUCGCAUGGAUAGAUAUUUAGAUAUGAGAAAUGGCAUCAUCAUGUUUUACAGUUUCUAACAUUAGAACUUGGUAUUUAAGCCAUUACCUAUUAUUCAUAUUGUCACUAUCCUGCAAAAAACAGUACAUCUCCAUUAAUGCCAUUUAUCACUUUUCGACAAAUUUUGAAUAUGCCCAUUGUUCUUUACUUUGUGUCAAAAUAUUGUGAUGAAUGGACCAAUAGAAAUGCUCCAAAAUGGCUUGGAAUAAAAUCGUGUUACAAUUUUUCCUUUGCUAAUGAAUAAGAUGAAUUUUAAGAACAAUUUAAAACAUUAUCUAUAAGUAUUAUCUGCAAGUUUUCACUGUGUUCAUAACAUUCCGUCUAAUCUGCAACUUGGCGUUCCUUCUAUAUUGUAAUUUUUAUGGAUUUGCAGAAGUAUUUGCCUCAUAUGAUAAAUAUCUGCAGUCCCAAUUAAUAGCAAUUGACUUUAAUAACUGUGUAAUUAGACACACAUUCAGUAACAAUAGCAAAUGUCUAGCUCAAAUCAUAAACAAGUCCCUGGUUUCAGGAAUCUACUGUCUAUUUUUUUGUUUUAAGAAAAGAGUGGGAUCCCUGCUUUUGUUCAGUGUAUAAGUGUUUAGUAGUAGAUAAACAGUGUUAAACUUAUGCAUUCCUCAAGACCUCAAGAAAGGUGACAUUCAUAUUGUCGCUGUCCAAUAAAAAAACAUGUAUCUUCAAAAGAGCUCCUUCACAGGAGAGCUUCUUAAGAAGAGUUUUUUUUUUUAUAUAAUUUCUGGAGAAUUUUGAUUCGUCUGUUUAUUAAGAAGUUUGUUUUAUGUAAUCAUUUUAAAGUAAAAUAAACAAAAAUGGAGAUUUUAGUUUUUUCAUUGGACAGCAACAAUAUCCAGAUCUAGCUAUCCAUCCUUCAUUAAAGAAAAAAGCUUUAAUAUAAGCUGCUGUUGGAACUGAACAAAUCAUACAAUAUCUGGAUGAUCUCGUUACUAUGUUACUUCUAACCAACUUAUUAACUGCAAUAAGUGUGCUGACCAACAACACUUCAUAAAUCCUACUGGAGUUCUGGAAUUAUAUUUAUUUAUGUUUAUUUGAAGGUUUUUAAUGUUAUUUUAAUGUUUUAAAGAGAGACACACUUACUGUUGAGAUAAAUACUUUUAAUAAGCCAUUUAAUGUUUUGGCUGCUUUUUUUCAUGCAGCAGUGCUUGCCUGAGAAUGUCAGUAGAUGAUGAUGAUGAUGAUGAUGAUGUUUUAUCACUUAAGUUGUAGUAAAUUCAGUCUUAAUGAACAUGCACUUGUUGACUAUGAUAAAACCAAUAGAAAUGUUCAGUUUUAUUAAUUAAAUUGAAUUAAAGCAUGAACGCAUUGAAAAUCACUUGCAAUUUAAAGUUAAAUUAACAGGGACCUAUGAGCCUGUUUACACCUCGUCGUCUCAUGUGAGUAGCAUCAGGAUUGUAAUCACAUUUUGUGUUAAGGGACCGGGUGUAAACGGGGUCUGUAGCUCUACACCACAUUUCAUCACUUUAUAAACUAGAUCUGCAGCAUUUUUUCUGGUCAUGCUUAACAAGUUUUAAUAUGUUUUAAUAUGUGAAGUUAAACCAAAUCUUUUUUUUUUUUUACAGCACAUACACAGACACACACAUGCAGACACAUCAAAAUACACAAAUGUUUAGGUAUUGCACCACACUAAUGGUGGUGUGAAUCGCACUAAAAUCGGGAGUGCAUCAUGAUGGAGGAAAACGCAGUCCCGAUUUGAGUGCUCUGGAGUUUGGAGUUGUUUCUGGUGUAAAACUGCAGUGAGUAAUACAUGUGUUUGGGGUGUCAUGUCAGUAUUCUGUUCAGGCGUCACGGUCAUGUCAGUGUUUCUUUGCUGUUAAGCUGCAGUUGGUUGAAUUUGGUGUGUUUAUUUGCCACUGUCUGUAGGUUCUCAACACAUCAGCUUUCCAAAUCGUGUCCGUUCCGUAACUUAAGUUGAGAUAUCGCCAUGUUUCUGUCCUCUGGAUGCUCUCUCUCACACAUCACACACACUUCAUGAGCCCCAGCAUCCAAGGACUUUGUCUGACUGGCGAGGAGCUUGUUGCCACUGAGCUGGAGGAGAUGAAUGAAGCAUAUUUUCUUCUGGACAACAACGGCUGCCACAACACCGAAGACGCCUCUGGAAAUACAAACGUUUCUGGACUUGUGUUUGUUUUUUCCACAUCAUUACAUCUCUGGAGCUGCGUUUCUGUGUGUUUUUUUCUUCAUUUCCGCUUUCUCGUUUACUCUGUGCGCUUGCUUUGAAGCCAUGGAUGCUGGAAUAUGUAUUUUUGCAAGCAAACAAAAAAAAACGAGAGGAAAAAAAAAAAACAGAAGCAGAGGAAGCGAGUGAGAAUCUGUUUUUGUUUUUUUUCUGUUUUGGUUUAUUUUUGUUUAAAGUAGAGAACGCUUCAGUAUGCGUGCGUGUGUGUGUACAUGUUUCUCUGUGCCAAUAGCCACCGAGCGACGGCCGCUUUAAGGACCUCCGUUGCUCUCGACUUGCUGUGUUGAGACUUUUGUGGGACACUGCAUUUGUGUGUGAGAUGUUUUUUUUUCUGUGUUUAUCCCUCCAUCCUUCUCUCCCGCCCCUCACCUCUCUUUCUUUUCCUCCUUUCCCUCCACCCCAUACACACCUCCUGAACUGGGGGUUUUAAAAAAAUCUAGUACAUUCCUUUGAAGAAAUGUUGAUUAAAAAAAUGACAAAAAUUGUUUAAGCACCA